AUGGCUGUCGAGGAUGGUCACCCGCCGAUGAUAACAUCGGAAAUCCACGGUCGCAAACGGGCAACCAACAGGGAUAGAGUUGUGAUUCGGACGCAGGUGCAGGUGGUCAAGGAUGUUUGGGGGCUUGGGCAACCACCGCAAAUCGUAUCCUCGCUGGCUAGCCGUCUCCUGGACAUGUCCACGACGGGCCGCCCCGACUCCCGCCGAUCUUAUGCAUGA